AUUGCCAUCCCCAAAGUUUAAGGAUUCGUCCCACUCAAAAAAGCCAUGCCAUUUUUAAAUAAACUUCACUUUCACUCUUAAUUCAUUUACCCGUUGAAUGAAUACUGCAAAAAAUUUGUCUUUGCAUUCAUUCUCAGCAAUUAUCGACUAUUUAUCUUGCGGUGUGUCUAACCGCAUUCGAUUAUCAGAACAUUGCAGAAAGCUAUGCACUCUUACCCUUGUGCACGCCCCACCCACCACAUGUUUGAACUAUGGUCACCACCCCAACCCCCAAGUUUCACGCUUUCCUCAAAAGGGCUUUUCCGAAAUCACCAACUUCAUUGUUGGGAAAGCCCUUCACGCGUUUUGCGUGAAGGGUGUCAUCCCACUAGGCACAUUCCAAGCAAACACCUUGAUCAGCAUGUACUCCAAGUUUGGCAGCAUUAAGCACGCGCAGCACGUGUUUGAUAAAAUGCCUGAGAGAAACGAAGCUUCUUGGAAUAACAUGAUGUCAGGGUUUGUUAGAGUUGGUGGGUACUAUCAAGCAAUGGAACUCUUUAUUCACAUGCUUGGACAUGGUGUCAAGCCAAGCAGUUUUGCGGUUGCUAGUUUGGUUACUGCUUGUGAUAGGUCAGGGUGCAUGGCUGAAGGGGCACUUCAGGUGCAUGCCCAUGUGAUCAAAUGCUGUUUGGUGUGCGACGUGUUUGUUGCCACUAGCUUGCUGCACUUUUAUGGCACGUGUGGUCGGGUUUCUGAGGUUGACAUGCUCUUUGAGGAGAUUGAGGAGCCUAAUAUAGUGUCCUGGACUUCUUUGAUGGUUAGUUAUGCUUAUAAUGGGUGUGUGAAGGAGGUUCUGAAUGUUUAUCAGCGUUUGAGGCGCGAUGGGGUGUGUUGUAAUGAAAAUGCAAUGGCUACGGUUGUUAGGUCUUGUGGAGUGGUUGGAGAUAAAAGAAUGGGUUAUCAGGUGCUAGGUAGUGUGAUCAAAUCUGGAUUGGACACUAGUGUGUCUGUGGCGAACUCCCUUGUUUCCAUGUUUGGUAAUUAUGAUAGCAUAGAGGAGGCGUCGUGUGUGUUUGAUGACAUGAAGGAACGAGACACUAUUUCGUGGAAUUCGAUAAUUACUGCAUGUGUACAUACUGGUCAUUGUGAAGAAUCUCUAGAGUACUUUGCUCAGAUGCGUCGUACUCAUGCAAAAACAGAUUAUAUUACUAUUUCAGCCCUGUUACCUGUAUGUGGCUCUGCACAAAAUUUGAGGUGGGGAAGGGGACUUCAUGGCGUGGUUGUAAAGUCUGGACUGGAAUCAAAUGUUUGCGUAUGCAAUAGUCUUCUAAGCAUGUAUUCUCAGGCCAGAAAAUCUGAGGAUGCAGAGUUUGUAUUUCGUACAAUGCCAGACAGAGAUUUAAUUUCGUGGAAUUCCAUGAUGACAAGCCAUGUUGAGAAUGAAAAGUAUCCAAGAGCCAUUCAACUUUUGGUUGAGAUGCUUCAAACAAGAAAGGCGAUGAACUAUGUAACUUUCACUACUGCAUUAUCUGCCUGCUAUAAUUUAGAAAAAUUAAAGAUUGUUCAUGCCUUUGUAAUUCUUCUUGAUCUCCAUCACAAUUUGGUCGUUGGUAACGCAUUGGUCACCAUGUAUGCGAAAUUUGGUUCCAUGGCUGAGGCACAACGGGUGUGCAAAAUUAUGCCCGAGAGAGAUGUAGUAACUUGGAAUGCACUAAUAGGUGGACAUGCUGAUAACAAAGAACCUAAUGCAGCAAUUGAAGCUUUCAAUUCUUUGAGACAAGAAGGUGUGCCUGUAAACUACAUUACUAUUGUUAAUCUACUCGGUGCUUGUUUGUCUCCUAAUGACCUUUUAAAACAUGGAAUGCCUAUCCAUGCACAUAUAGUUGUAGCAGGCUUUGAAUCAGAUACAUUUGUUCAAAGCUCCCUAAUUACAAUGUAUGCCCAGUGUGGUGAUCUUAAUACAAGUAACUAUAUUUUUGAUGUAUUAGCUAAUAAGAAUUCUAGUACUUGGAAUGCCAUUAUUUCCGCAAAUGCUCAUUACGGGCCCGGUGAGGAGGCACUACAACUUAUAGUAAAGAUGAGGAAUGAUGGGGUUCAUUUAGAUCAGUUUAGCUUCUCAGUAGCUCUUUCCAUUAUUGGUAACUUAACUUUACUGGAUGAAGGUCAGCAGCUUCAUAGCUUGAUUAUUAAACUUGGGCUUGAGUCAAAUGAUUAUGUUUUAAAUGCAACAAUGGAUAUGUAUGGAAAAUGUGGGGAAAUUGAUUGUGUGUUUAAAAUCCUUCCCCGACCGAGAAGCAGGUCACAGAGGUCUUGGAACAUUUUAAUAUCAGCAUUAGCUAGGCAUGGUUUUUUCCAACAGGCAAAGGAAGCCUUCAAUGAGAUGCUUGAUCUGGGACUGAGACCUGACCAUGUCACUUUUGUUUCACUUUUGUCUGCAUGCAGCCAUGGUGGUUUGGUGGACGAGGGCCUUGCAUACUUCUCUUCGAUGUCUACUGAAUUCGGCGUCCCCAUUGGAAUAGAGCAUUGUGUAUGCAUAAUUGACCUUCUGGGGCGAGCAGGAAGGCUUGCUGAGGCUGAAACUUUCAUUAACAAGAUGCCAGUUCCACCAAAUGACCUAGUGUGGCGUAGCCUGUUGGCUGCUUGUAAAAUACAUGGCAAUUUGGAGCUUGCGAGGAAGGCUGCUGACCAUCUUUUCGAGCUGGAUUCAUCCGACGAUUCGGCCUAUGUUCUUUAUUCAAAUGUCUGUGCAUCAACUAGAAGGUGGAGAGAUGUGGAGAAUGUGAGGAAGCAAAUGGAAUCACACAAUAUAAAGAAGAAACCUGCCUGUAGUUGGAUCAAGUUGAAAAACCAGGUUACUACUUUCGGAAUGGGAGACCAGUAUCAUCCACAAAAUGCACAAAUCUAUGCAAAGUUGGAAGAGCUCAAAAAGAUUAUUAGAGAGGCAGGCUAUGUGCCUGACACAAGCUAUUCCUUGCAAGAUACAGAUGAAGAACAGAAGGAGCAUAAUCUUUGGAACCAUAGUGAGAGAAUUGCCCUUGCAUUUGGGUUGAUCAACAGUUCCGAAGGCUCGCCUCUUAGAAUUUUUAAGAAUCUCCGCGUCUGUGGUGAUUGUCACUCUGUUUUCAAGAUGGUAAGUAAAAUAAUUGGCAGGAAAAUCAUAUUAAGGGAUGCAUACCGGUUUCAUCAUUUCAGUAGUGGCAAGUGUUCCUGUUCAGACUAUUGGUAGUGGAUUGGAUUUUGUUAGAUUAACUAGUUGAAAAAUGUUAUAAAGCAAUUUAAUAAGGUUUAAUUUUUACCUACCAAAAAAAAAAGGUUUAAUUUU